CCGCCUCCAGGUCACAUGACGCGCGCCUCGCUCGCUCCCGGGAGUCUCGCGGUGACGGCUCCGAUCAGCGACAGAAGAGAAAGGAUUUGCAAAUGGAGGCAGCGGAGAUGUUCUCACUCUGAACGACAUAGGGUGCAUCUGACCAUGUCUGAAUCACUGUAUGAGAAGUUUUUGGCCCCGGAGGAGCCGUUCCCUCUCCUCUCCCAAAGAGCCAACCUCAGUGAUGUGGGAACCCUGGACGUCAGUGACUUUGGAUGUCAGCUCUCAUCAUGUCACAGAACAGAUCCUCUACACCGCUUCAACAGUAACAGAUGGAACCUCACUUCCUGUGGAACGAGUGUUGCCAGCUCGGAGUGCAGCGAGGAGCUCUUCACCUCUGUGUCUGUUGGGGACCAGGAGGACUGUUACUCCCUUCUAGAUGACCAGGAACUAACAUCGCUGGACUUGUUUCCGGAGGGCAGUGUUUGCAGCGACGUCUCCUCCUCCAUCAGCACCUAUUGGGACUGGUCUGACAGCGAGUUUGAGUGGCAGUUGCCGGGUAGUGACAUUGCCAGUGGCAGUGAUGUCCUCUCCGACAUCAUCCCGAGCGUGCCAAGUUCACCUUGUUUGUUUUCCAAGAGAAGGCCGAAGUCCCACCCCCAUCGUAACCUGGAUGAACUUCCUUGGAGUGCCAUGACCAACGAUGAGCAGGUGGAGUACAUCGAGUACCUGAGUCGGAAGGUCAGCACAGAGAUGGGCCUCAGGGAGCAGCUGGACAUCAUCAAGAUCAUCGACCCAUGUGCUCAGAUCUCUCCCACCGACAGCGAGUUCAUCAUCGAGCUCAACUGUCUCACAGACGAGAAGCUCAAACAGGUGCGUAACUACAUCAGAGAGCACAGCCCCAGGCAGCGGGCCAGCAGCACCAGAGAGAGCUGGAAGAGGAGCAGUCACAGCAGCGCCAGCACCGGCGGCGUGAGCGCGGCCAGCAGCAGUAAUGCCAGCAUGGUCAGCUCCACCAGCUCCUCCACUUGCUCCACAGCCUCCAACUCUGUAGCAGGUGGCACAGCCUCGGCUUGUAGUGGAGGCAGCGUUGCCAACAUCAGCAGAGCGCACAGUGAUGGAAACCUCUCCAGUGCUGCAGAGCGUAUACGAGACUCUAAAAAACGUUCGAAGCAGCGUAAGCUCCAGCAGAAAGCCCUCCGCAAGCGGCAGCUGAAAGAGCAGCGACAGGCCCGCAAGGAGCGUCUGAGCGGACUCUUUCUGAACGAGGAGGUGCUGUCCCUACGGGUGACGGAGGAGGACGACCACAGCGACGACCUGGACAUACUGAUGUGACAGCAGUGAAUCAAUCAGUGCUCCCUCUAUGCCUGCUCUCUCCAAGUCCAGCCACUGCCAUAGAGCUCCGACACCACGCUAAAUCUUCAUCACUGCACGCAUUCGCUUUGAGUAGGCUGCCAUAAUAAUGGGUUUUGUUUAAAGUAAUGUAGAUUUUAGUAGCCUUUCUGCAUAGCUUGACAUCUUGCUUACUUAUACUAGCGUUACGUGCUACAGCUUUAAUUGCUAGCUUCUGCUAGAACUACUAAGGUAGGUACAUUAAUACUGCGAUUGCUUUGAAUAGAUAUUGACCUCAGUCUAACCUGCUUCUAACCAGUGCUAAUGCUGAAACAGCCUAGACGCUCGCAGACACACAAAGCUAUGCACUGCAGUUACUUCAGCUUAAUAUAACAAGAGGAAUCGCUUAUAGAUGCUGAACCACCGUUUAUCCACUGCUACUAAUACAGCCACCGCUGACAGAGGGACAGAUCAGGCUAGACAAACAGGGUUUGGCCUUAUUCUUUAGAUGCUGUGAUGCCAAAAAGUUAACUUUUUCAUAACAUUACAGGAGAAACUGUGGCAGUUUUUUGGCGUUAUUUGAGCCCUAACUGGUUGUAGGGAUCUUUAUCUGUACCAGCCAAACUGCUAAUCUGAGGCUUGAGUUUAAUCCAUUGAACUUCAGGUUAUAGCAGCAAAUACAUGAGGAAAUACUACCAUUUAUACACAGUGUCUUUGACAUGAUGGAGUAAAAAAGAGAACAACGUUCAAAUCUUGCAAAUACACCAGAGAUUAAGAGUUUUUCUUUGUGAUGUGGAAAUGGAAGCGAGCUGGUCUGUCUUUCUACCUGCUGAGUGUUGUGGUUCCAUUUCACUCUCAAGGCUUAGAGGGAGCACUGAAACACUGCAUGUUGAAAUCGUCGCCAUACCGUGUGGUCCAGUAACUAACAACUUGUAUCACUUAUUUGCAUACCCUUGUUUAGAAGUGGCUUUCCUGUAUUGUAAAUAAAUGAUAAAUGACGGCUUAUUUACUGCUCGCUUUCAAGUUUUCCUCAGUGGUAAAGCUUUGGUUUAAUUUGUUUCUCUCCCUGUGUGUAUAUAUGACGACUGAGUGAUGAACUGACUGGUUGUCAUAGCUUAAAAGAUUGAAAGGAUCAGUGUGUAGAAUUCUGUGAAAUCUAGUGGUGAAGUGGCAUCUUACACCCUUCACCUCUCCCUCCCCUUCCAAACAUGACAGAGAACCUGUGUUAAACUUCAGUUGUUAUAAAAACUCAAAAGCGGUCUAGUUUGUAAAGUCUGGGCUACUGUAAAAACAUGGCAGCCUCCAUAGAGAGGACAAGCUCUUGAUGUAAAUAUAGAGUAUUUAAAUAUAAAAGGCCCAUUCUAGAGUAAAGAAAACAACAAUUGAGACAAUUUAAAUGAAACCCACUUGUGAAAACAUCAGCAGGAUCAGUUUAUGUCCAGCUUCCUCCAGUAGAUCCCUUUCACCCUAAUUCUUACACACUGAACCGUUCUUUGCAAAAAGUCUUAUUUUGAAGCAUUUAGUUGCGUUUUGUCUUUUGGUUUUGGUCUCAGACAAUCUUUUGUCCUUUUGUCCUUUGUUACUUUGGUUUUCUACAAGCACUCCUGCUGUGUUUCUGCCCCAGAUGGAUUCUACAUCACUUACUACUUGCAUUCUGAAUGAUCUGAGUCUCACGAGACUGUGUGCUGUAGAACUGGUUUGGCUUCCAGCUGGUUACUUGAGCAUGUGCAUCCAACAUUUUAGCCAAUAACUUAUUUUACUCUGAAAGUCACCAACAAUGUUUGGAUGAAGCACCAACAUCUUUUGUGGAGUUGUAACAAUCAUGCUCUUUUGAUAUUUGUUUUUCUCUCUACCUUGUAGGAAACACUUCUCAGUUGUAACCUGACGAACCAUUGCCAACAGCCUGUUGUCCUUUAUAACAUGUUUCUUUAUGUGUACUGAGCUUUGGUUCUUGUCUCUGUCUUGUGUUCACACUCAUUAUUUACAGCGUUUAGUUUGAAAGCAGCUUCAUGUAUUCUGUAGUAAUGAAUUAGUAAAACUCUAUUUUGAAAAAUAAGAUAAUUUUAAAAGAAAAAAAAAACCACAGUGUGAUGCAAUAAAUUCAUUUGUGUACAGAAGGUACCAUGUAAUUGCUGAAAAUGAAUGGUAUUGAAAUUAUUAAACACGGUUUAAAGAACAAA